GGUUAAUUUAUUUACAGGUUUAAGUUUAAUCAUGAUAUCAAACUCUUACAUUGGGAUUUUUCUUUUGUCACUUGCUGCAAUUGCUUCAGCGACUUUAGUCAAUGAAGAAGUUAGCAGAGUGAUUGAUCUGAAAUCUCACUUGGUGAAAGUUACAACAACAGUAACGCUCAAAAACUCCGGAAAUUCUGCUGUUUCAAACUUCCAGUUCACAGUGGAUCCAGCCCAUGUUAAACAGUUGGCAUACAUCUCAAUUUCUAAAGGCAGUGAUGACGAUACCAGUUUUAAAAUGACAGAAAAAAGUGGAGCUAAAGGAACUUUCACCGUCGCUCUACCUGAGCCAUUAAAGUCCAAAGGAACUUUUACAUUUACUGCUGAUGAAGUCUUUGCAAAUGCUUUGAGCCCAUUUCCCAAGGAAAUCACCCAAUCCCAGAACCAGCUAGUCGUUUAUCGCGGCAAUCAUUUCUAUUUCUCUCCGUACUUGAGCGAAAGCCAAACAACUAGUGUUGAACUUCCUUCAAGCACAAUCGAAACUUUUUCCAAGUUUGGAAAUCCUUCACAUGAAGAUACAACUAUCAAGUAUGGAGAUACCAAAGAAUUUGAAAAUGUUCCAGCUAACAGUCAGAAUGCAAUGAAAAUCCACUAUGAAAACAACACUCCAUUCCUCACUGUUACCAAACUUGAAAGGGUCAUUGAAAUUUCCCACUGGGGCAACAUAGCUGUUGAGGAAACACUUGACAUUAGACACACUGGUGCAAAAUUGAAGGGAUCGUUCAGUAGAUAUGACUACCAACGUCAACCCAACAGUGGGGUUUCAUCAGUCAAAUCAUUCAAGACAAUUCUUCCAGCUUCAGCUAUGGAUGUAUAUUACAGAGAUGAAAUCGGAAAUAUUUCAACUUCAAACUUAUACCAAGCUGAUGAAUCGGUGGAUUUGGAGCUCCGACCACGAUUCCCAUUGUUUGGUGGAUGGAAGACGCAUUAUUACAUCGGGUAUAACUUGCCAAGCUACAACUAUCUAUUUACAAGAGGUGAUGUGAAUGCAUUGAAGAUGAGGUUCGUGGAUCAUGUGAUGGAUGAACAAGUUGUUGAGGAUUUUGAACUCAAGAUUAUUCUUCCUGAAGGUUCAAAGAACAUCAAAGCAGACCUCCCGUACUCUGCCGAGCGAGGUGAGGACUCGCUUCACUUCACGUACCUCGACACGGUUGGACGACCAGUCGUUGUUUUCCGCAAGAAAGAUUUGGUUGAACAACACAUUGAUGACUUUGUUGUGUCUUAUUCUUUCAACCGUCUCCUCCUGCUCCAAGAACCUCUCCUCAUCGUCGGAGCAUUCUUCAUCCUCUUCUUCACAGUGAUCAUCAUCGUGCGGCUCGACUUCUCCAUCGCUCACGAUAAAGUCCUUGAAGCUCGGAUGCGAGUGCAAGGAGUCAUCGAACAGGUUCAGUCCCACCAAGCAAAGCGACAAUCAUGUUAUGAAGCAUACCAAGCUGCUGUGACCAAAUAUAAGGCAUCAAAGGACCACGCAGCUUUUGCCUACUCUCGUAAGUCCAUUGAAAAAGACCACAAGGAGGCGACAAACGCAAUUAACCAACUUUCAUUGAAACUUCGGGAAGAUGCUGCAGAAGCUGCUGAUAAAGUUCAACAAAUGAACCAGACCGACGCCCUACUUAAAGACAAGUUCGCUAAUUCCAUCUUACUUGCUGAGAAGCUCGUCCAAAGCAAAAUGAGUCGUGAACAAUAUCUUGAAAAUGAUGGAAAGAACCAGAAAACCAUUGAUGAUAAUAUUGCCAAGAUUGAAAGUCUGGUUUAUUCUCUUUAAAGAAGUAGAAGUUUAAAAAAUUUGGUUGAAAUUCAUUCGAAGCAUCACUAAAUAUAUUUGGAAGCAAAUACAUUGUGUCUUACAUCUGUUAGUGAAGUAAUAAGUUGGCAUCGUUACAAUAAAAGGAAAUAAGUUUUGAUAAAAA